AUGCCGCCGCAGUGGCCGUGGCUCCAGCCCGCCGCCGCCGCCGCCGCUCGCCGCGCCACCCCCUUCGUCUUGCGCGGGAGGCGCUGCUCCUCCUCGGUCUCCACCUCCUUCUGCGCCUCGGCGCCCUCCGGCCACGCCCGCGAGCAGGAGGAUGAGCAGUCGCUGGUUGUGGUGGGCGGCGGCGCCGCCGGGGUGUACGCGUCGAUAAGGGCCAAGACCCUGGCUCCCCACCUCAACGUGGUGGUCAUAGAGAAAGGGAAGUUCUUGUCCAAGGUCAAGAUCUCCGGCGGAGGGCGGUGCAAUGUCACCAACGGGCACCAGCUCGACCCAUCGGGACUUGCGAGAAAUUAUCCUAGGGGGUACAAAGAACUCCGGGGAUCCUUCUUUCGCACCCAUGGGCCACAGGAUACCAUGCACUGGUUUUCGGAUCAUGGUGUGGAGCUUAAGACCGAAGACGAUGGAAGAGUCUUUCCUGUCACCGACAACUCUGCUUCGGUAGUAGACUGCCUGCUGAAUGAAGCGAGAAGACUUGGAGUUUCCCUGCAGGCUGGUAAAUCCGUGUCGGGUGCAUCUGUCAAUGACAAUGGGAAAUUUCUUGUGGAAGUUCAGAAGCGUACUGUUGAUUUUGUUGAUUACAUCGAUGCCAAUUAUGUCUUGGUUGCGACAGGCAGUAGCCAGCAGGGUUACUCGUUUGCUGCACAACACGGUCACUCUAUUAUUCCGCCUGUGCCCAGCUUAUUCACAUUUAAAAUUGCAGACAAGCGACUGGCUGAUCUCUCUGGGGUAUUGNUCACAAGGGUCACGGCAAAGCUGAUGCUAGAUGGCAUUCAGAAAAGCGCUCCUGAGUUAACUCAGACUGGACCUAUGUUGGUUACACAUUGGGGGCUUAGUGGCCCUGUUGUUCUUCGAUUUUCUGCAUGGGGAGCACGUGAACUAUAUCAGGACAAGUACCAAGCAAAGCUUGUGGUUGACUUCAUACCGGACAUUCACAUCGAGGACGUGAAGCGGAUCCUAUUCCAGCACAAAGACCAACAUGCGAAGAACAAAGUAAAUAACGCCUUUCCCAAGGAGUUUGGUCUGGUGAAGAGGUUUUGGGGAUUCCUUCUAGAACAAGAGAGUUUAGAUGGUGACAUGCACUGGGCCACCGUGCCAAAAAGUCAUCUAAAUGCGAUAGCCCUUCGCUUAAAACAGUGGAUGUUUGAGGUUGUUGGGAAGGGUCAAUUCAAAGAUGAAUUUGUGACAGCUGGAGGUGUUCCACUUUCAGAGAUAUCGCUUAGCACCAUGGAAAGCAAGAAGCAGCCCAAUCUGUUCUUUGCAGGAGAGGUACUUAACGUCGACGGGGUCACGGGCGGAUUCAAUUUUCAGAAUGCAUGGACUGGUGGGUAUAUAGCUGGGACAAGCAUUGGCACAUUGGCAUCAAACAGCAUUCUCAAAGAAGAGCAAGCCUGUUUGCAACUACAAGGAUCUUAA